CUUUCCCCGUUCUCUUCGGUUCUCAUCGCUGUGAGUGUGCUGGGCAGGUGGGGAAGGGCGUUCAAUCCGGGGCGAUCCGCAGCCGGGGAGGGCGCAGGGAGCACGGGUGUGCGGGGAGCGAGGGAGGGAGGAGGGAGGGGUGCGGCGGGCGGAUCGGGGAAAUAGGAUCGCGGCCGGUUAACUCGGGAUUGUACCCCGCAGGUGCGGACGCCAGAGCCGAGCCCGCGUCGCCAUGCCUCGGAAAAUUGAGGAGAUCAAGGACUUUCUGCUGACAGCCCGGCGGAAGGAUGCCAAGUCUGUCAAGAUCAAGAAGAACAAGGAUAAUGUGAAGUUCAAGGUUCGCUGCAGCAGGUACCUUUACACCCUGGUUAUCACAGACAAGGAAAAGGCAGAGAAGCUGAAGCAGUCCCUACCCCCGGGUUUGGCAGUGAAGGAUCUGAAAUGAACCAGCCCUCUGCGUGUGACUAUUAAAAACCCUGAAAAGUGUU